GAUGAACUCCCAUUGUUGUUUGUGCAACUUACUAAGUUCCAGUGUGGUGCCAUUGCUCUCAGUUUUGCAAUCUCACAUGCUAUGGUUGAUGGCCAAAGUGCUCUCUAUUUUCUCUCCGAAUGGGCUAGGCUUGCUCGCGGAGAGCCGUUGAUGUCUGAUCCUUUUCAUGAUCGGAAAGUUCUCCGAGCCGGCGAACCUGCCACCGCACCUCCAACUUUUGAGCAUUUACAGUUUAAUCCACCACCACUUUUAAUUGGCAAGUCCGACAGUGAUUUCGAGAAGAAAAUUGUAACGAAAGGGUCUAUGCUAAAACUUACUAAAAACCAAGUAGAAUUGUUGAGAGAAAAAACGAACCAGGGAAGAAACUUAGAGGAUAAUAAAGAGCGUAGUUACACACGUUAUGAAGUUGUGACUUCUCAUGUAUGGAGAUGUGCAUGCAAGGCAAGAGGUCAUAAAUUUGAGCAACCUACUAAUUUAUGCAUUUGUGUUAACAUACGCAAAAGAAUGCAACCACCUUUGCCUGAAUCCUACUUUGGCAAUGCCAUCGUUGAUGUCAUCACUACCGGAGUCUCGGGCGACAUCGCCUCAAGGCCAUUGGAGUAUGCUGCUAGAAGGGUUAGGGAAGCCAUUGAAAUGGUGACAAGUGAUUAUGCAAACUCGACGAUUAAUUUCUUGAAAAAUCAAGAGGAUUUGUCGAAGUAUCAAGAUAUUCAUGCAUAUAGAAGCACAGAGGGUCCUUUCUAUGGGAACCCUAAUCUUGGAGUCAUAAGCUGGAUAAGUUUGCCACUGUUAGGGUUGGAUUUUGGGUGGGGAAAAGAGAUUCAUAUGAGUCCUGGAACUCAUGAAUAUGAUGGUGACUGUGUCAUACUCCCAGGGAGUGAAGGGGAUGGAUCUUUGACUGUUGCAAUCAUUCUUCAAGAUGCUCAUGUGGAAGCUUUCAAGAAAUUCUUCUAUGAAGACAUUGAGUGUUGAAAAUAAUGCUUUAUGAGAAGAAAGGAACAAAUUAAAAACAUGUAACUUUUCCUAUAUUAGCCAUAUAUAGCCAAGCAAAAUAAACUCUUUAAUUAUCUCCAUAAUUACUUGAAUAUAUUUCUUUUCUAACGGAUUUCUCAAAUGCUUAUUUAACACUCGUAAUUGUAUGAAUAAUAUAAUAGUUCGCAAAUGGUUUAAGCACAGUCAAUAAUUUAAACUGGAACUAUAUAUGAUGCAAUUAUAUUU